CUUGGGGGCAUAUUGUUACAUAAAUUAAUCUUUCGCUCACGUUACCUUUUACCGUUAUCAACUGUAGUGCCAUUUUCUUAAUAGUUUUAAGUUCUACUCUUCAAGUUUGUACUCCUUCGUCUCUAGCAGUAUAAACUGAAAAUGUGAGUUGCAGGCUUCUGUGCAAGUUAAAAUAAAAAUCCAGCCAAAUGAAAAUGUUCAUUUUUGUACCAGUAAAAUUAUCUGAUAUGUCACCAGUUGCAUGAUAGGAAUACUUUGGGGAACAGUGUUAAACUAGUGUGUGUGAAGUGAGCCCAUGUUUAUGAUAUAGUGUUAUCUAAUUGUUUUUUCUUUUGCCCAAGUAGUCAGGUUAGCAGCCUGAAGCAGCAAGGGAAUCAAACAGUUUGAGACGUAAAACUCUAAUUAGAAUUUACUGAACAUUUCUUCCUUUACUGUCUGUCCAAAAUUUGUAUCGUAAACUCCUAAGUAGAAAUGACACCACUCAGCUGGCAUUGGUGGCGCACGCCUUUAGUUCCAGCACUCUGGAGACAAAGGCAGGUGGAUAUCUGUGAGUUCAAGACCAGCCUGGUCAAUAGAGCUAGUUCCAGACAGUCAGGGCCUCACAGAGAAACCCUGUCUGGAAAAACAAAAACAAACAAAAAUUAAAUCACUCACUGCCACUGCCUUUCACUAGAAGUGAGUCUUCAAAAGGAUUGUGUGUGUGUGUUGAGUCACUCAGUGGAAAAAGUUAUGAGCUAAUAUAUUUACCAUGAAUCAAAUUUGAAUACUGUAGUAAGCCAGAUAGGCAGGAUCUUACAAACUUUCAAAGAAGAUAGAUUUUUGUCUUCACUACAGUCAGAAUAUUGUUUUGUUGUUGUUGUUUAUUUUGCAAGGCCCUUAUUUUAGACAGUUUUUUAUUCUGAGUUGGCUUUGAACUCCAGAUCCUUUAGCUUCAACUCCCAAGGGCUGAGAUUACAAGUAUUUACCGUCGUGGCCAACUGAAACCUUUAAAAUUUGAAAUUAGAAAGCCAGGUGGCAGUAGCGUGCACCUUUAAUCCCAGCACUUGGGAGGCAGAGGCAGACAGAUCUCUGUGAGUUCGAGGCCAGCCUGGUCUACAGAGCAAGAUCCAGGCACUAACACUACACAGAGAAACCCUGUCUCGAAAAAAACUAGAAAAAAAUUCUUUAUUUUUCUUUUCCAAAUAAGCCAUUUAUUUAUUUAUUUAUUUAUUUAUUUUAUGUAUAUGGGUGUUUUGCCUGCAUGUAUGUCUUUGCACCACUGUAGUUCUGGUUGAUUAUGAGCCACCAUGUGGGUGCUGGGAACCAAAUCCAGGUCCUCUGCAGGAGCAGCAAGGCUCCUAACUGCUGAGCCAUCUCUCCAGCGAUGCCCCCCCCCCAAGCCUUCUUGAUCUAUAAAUUGAGGUCUUCCUUAUUUCAGUAUUUGGAGGGGGGAGAGUGUGAGAGGAGACAGGGUCUUCCUGUAUCCCUGCUGGUCUGGAAGUCUCCAUCCUCUUGCCUCUGCUACCUUCUACUGCUGGGAUUACAGGCGCCAACCACCACUCCUCCCUCUCUUCUAUUACAUUUUUUUGUUUUGUUUAAAACAGGGUCUUAACUAUGUUCUAGGCCAGCUGAUGUAGACCAAGCUGGCCUUGAACUCACAGAGAUUAAAGACAUGUGCCAACACCCCCAAACCUCUUCUACUAAGUUUUUGAAGUUUUGUUUUUUUCUAUUCUCAUUUCUUCGUUAUUUGUGAGUCAAGAUCUCUCAUGUUUCGCAGGCUAGUCUUGAACUCCUGAUCUCUUCACAUCACCUCCCUGGGAUUACAAGUGUGUACCACCACACUUGCCUUCUUUUUUAAACCAUAAAGUACUUUAACCAGGAUGGUGGAGCACACUUUUAAUUCCAGCAGAGGCGGGCACAUUUCUGCCAGGUCAAAGCCAGCCUGGGCAGCGCAGUGAAACCCUGUCUCUAAAAACAGCAGCAGAGCCCUGAGUUGUGAGCCUGCAGCCCCGCUUCUCCAUCUGUGUCAUUUGCUGUCACCAGCUCUUUUCCUCCUUGCAGUCUGUGGCUUCUCGCAAACUUGCCCCUUCAUCUCACUGUUUAGCGGCAUAGUUUGACUUUGCUGGUUUUCUUCCUGCGGAUCUAAUUUCUGAGAAUGUAUGUUUUCGCUCGGUUCCUUUCCCUGUGGCUGCCAGUUUACUCAAACCGUCUUGCCAUUGUUUUCUCUUGUUUCCUAGAUCCGGUAGUUUUUGUGUUUGCUGAAACUUUUCUUCUGUUUUCUGGAGUAGUUCUUUGGAAGGGGCUUGUGUGUAGCCCAGGCUAGUCUCAAAAUCACAGCAUCUCUCCUGCCUCAGCUUCCCAGGAGCUGGGAUUACAGGGCAGCCAUUUUGGGGGGUGCUGAUGGAUACCUGCGGGGUCGGCUAUGUUGCCCUGGGGGAGGCCGACCCCGUGGGGAACAUGAUUGUGGUAGACUCUCCUGGACAAGAAGAACUGAACCAGCUGGAUGUCAAGGCCUCCUCAGAAACCUCCAGUGUGGAGGCCUCCAUCGAGAUGUCACUGCCUACCCCUUUGCCUGGCUUUGAGGAUUCUUCUGACAAGAGGAGGCUUCCUCCAGAGCAGGAAAGCCUCGCCAGGUCGGAGCAGCAAGAUCUUUCUUCAGAGAUGUCCAAGAUCUCAAACCCUAGGGCCUCAAAGCCUUCCGGGAAGAGAGGUGGUAGGACACCAAGAGGCCCUAAAAGGCCUCAGCAACGUAAACCUCCAUCCACCCCUCUGGUUCCUGGUCUCUUAGAUCAGGCCAACCCUCUGUCCACCCCUAUGCCUAAGAAACGAAGUCAAAAGUCCAAGGGAGACCUGCUACUUCUGAAGUUGUCCAAAGGCCUAGAUCAGCCAGAGUCUCCACAUCCAAAGAGGCCCCCUGAGGACUUUGAGACCCCUUCUGGGGAACGACCCCGCCGAAGGGCUGCGCAAGUGGUGUCGCUGCCUAACCCAGGUUGGCCUCGAACUUGCGAUCCUCCCACCUCAGCCUCCCGAGUGCUGGGAUUGCAGGCGUGCGCCACCACACCUGGCUCUCCAUCACAUUUUUCACAGACUUCCCCCAGGGCACUUCUGUACCUCCAGGAACUGGCUGAAGAGCUCUCAACAGCCCUGCCUGCUCCGCUGUCCGGUCCUAAGAGUCCCAAGGUGAGCAGCCCUACCAAGCCGAAGAAGACGCGGCAAGCAGCCUCUCAGGGUGACGAAGAUGGGAGCACUCGGGAUGAAGACUUUGUUCUUCAGGUCGAGGGUGAAGAUGAGGAGGAAAGUGAGGCCCCGAGUGAGAACUCCUCUGAUCCUGAGCCUGUUGCACCCCGAAGCACCCCGCGAGGACCCGCUGCAGGGAAGCAGAAACCACACUGCCGGGGCAUGGCUCCCAAUGGGUUGCCCAAUUAUAUCAUGGCUCCUGUUUGGAAGUGCCUGCACCUCACCAAGGACCUCCGAGAACAGCAGCAUUCGUUCUGGGAGUUUGCUGAAUGGAUUCCAGUAGCCUGGAAGUGGCAGUUGUUAUCCGAACUUGAAGCAGCUCCCUACCUGCCCCAGGAGGAGAAGUCUCCCCUGUUCUCGGUACACCGUGAAGGGAUUCCUGAGGAUGGCACAAUCUACAGGAUCAACAGAUUUAGCUCGAUCACAGCACAUCCAGAGCGCUGGGAUGUGUCCUUCUUCACAGGAGGACCGCUCUGGGCUCUGGACUGGUGCCCAGUGCCCGAAGGGUCAGCGGCCUCACAGUAUGUGGCCCUUUUCUCCAGCCCAGACAUGAAUGAGACACACCCACUGAGCCAGCUUCAUUCAGGCCCUGGGCUGCUGCAGCUCUGGGGCCUUGGGACAUUGCAGCAAGAAAGCUGUCCUGGCAACAGGGCCCACUUUGUCUAUGGGAUUGCUUGUGACAGUGGCUGUAUCUGGGACCUCAAGUUCUGCCCCAGUGGGGCAUGGGAACAUCCAGAAACUCCUCGGAAGGCUCCUCUCCUGCCUCGCCUGGGUCUCUUGGCCCUGGCCUGCUCUGAUGGGAAGGUGCUGCUGUUCAGUCUGCCGCAUCCUGAGGCCCUCCUGGCUCAGCAGCCUCCAGAUGCUAUGAAGCCUGCCAUCUACAAGGUUCAGUGUUUGGCAACCCUUCAGGUGGGGUCUGUGCAAGCUUCAGACCCCUCUGAGUGUGGUCAGUGCCUUAGCCUGGCUUGGAUGCCUACCAGGCCCCACCACCACCUGGCUGCAGGAUACUAUAAUGGCAUGGUGGUUUUCUGGAAUCUUCCCACUAAUUCACCCCUCCAACGGAUACGUCUCUCUGAUGGCUCCUUAAAGCUGUACCCCUUCCAGUGUUUCCUAGCCCAUGACCAGGCUGUUCGUACAAUUCAGUGGUGCAAAGCUAACAGUCAUUUCCUGGUUUCUGCGGGGAGUGACCGGAAAAUCAAAUUCUGGGAUCUUCGACGACCUUAUGAGCCAAUAAACUGCAUCAAGCGCUUCUUGAGUACAGAGCUUUCCUGGCUGCUUCCCUACAAUGGUGUCACGGUGGCUCAGGACAACUGCUAUGCCUCUUACGGGCUCUGUGGAAUUCAUUACAUCGAUGCUGGUUACCUUGGUUUUAAGGCCUACUUUACUGCUCCACGGAAAGGCACCGUCUGGAGUCUUUCAGGGUCAGACUGGCUGGGGACAGUAGCUGCAGGAGACAUAUCUGGGGAGCUCAUCGCAGCCAUCUUACCUGACAUGGCGUCAAACCCAAUCAAUGUCAAGAAACCUGCAGAAAGGAGAUUUCCUAUAUAUAAAGCAGAUCUGAUAGCAUACCAGGACAGCCCCGAAGACCAAGACUCCUCGACCUCCCCUGAGACCCCUAAUCCUCCCAAAGCGAGAACUUACACUGAGACCAUCAAUCACCACUACUUGCUCUUUCAAGAUACAGAUCUGAGUUCCUUCCACAACCUGCUCCGUAGAGAACCCAUGCUGCGCAUGCAGGAAGGAGAGGGACAUUCUCAGCUUUGCCUGGACAGGCUGCAACUUGAAGCUAUUCACAAGGUACGUUUCAGCCCAAACCUGGACUCCUAUGGAUGGCUGGUAUCUGGGGGGCAGUCAGGGCUGGUUCGGAUCCAUUUUGUCCGUGGCCUCACCUCCCCACUGGCUCACCGUGUGCAGCUGGAAAGCCGAGCCCACUUCGAUGCUAUGUUCCAAACACCCUUUUCAGUGGAAGGGCCUGGUUUCUCUCCAACCAGCCGUUGCCUUCCCCCCAACCCCUAGUCUGGUCCACACAGAACUCUUGGAUGAAGUCUGCCAAGAUCAAAUUGCUCCCAUGCACAGAGCAUAGGACCUGGGCCCUUCCUGGACAGUGAUGGUGCCAGGCCUAGAUCUUUAGGCCUACCUGCCCAGAACUCCUUAAAUCCCUCUCCUUCCACAGACUUCUAGGGUCACAGCUCCCUGCAGGUAGGGGGGCUCCCCCUCCAUAACAAUUCCUAUGCCUAAAACCGUGGCUCACAAGAAACACUCAGGCCUGACCUAGGCUUGGGAGUCAAAUUGCUCAUAUUGAGCAUAUUGUGAAGGAGGUAAAGCUAAGUAAAGGUACUGGGUGUUUUUGAGACCA